AUGGCUAUGGUCGUGGACGUCGUCAACAACAAGGCAGGCAUUACGGGUUCUGGAGACGUGCCAGUGGCCAUGACUUUCGCAUCGAAACUAGCCAAGUUCGUCGCCGCAGCCCUGACUCUUCCAAAGUGGGAGCGGGAGACGUAUCUUAUCGGCUACAAGUUGACGUGGAACCAGCUCAUCGAGCUCGCUGAAGCCGUCAAAGGUGCCAAGUUUGACGUUUCCCAAACGUUGAAAGCUGGUAAGGUGACGAAACUGCCUCGCCAUAGAUCACCUUAUCCUUACAUCUUAGACGAGCAGCUACAGCCUAUGUUUGCCAUCUUAGGUCUCGUGUUCGAACGUGGUGUAUUUGACUUAAAGAUUGAGACCUCCAUCACGCAAGACUUUCCUGAUCUCAAAUUGAGGUCUAUGAAGGAGCUGCUGGAAGAGGCUCACAAGCUCAAAAUUUAA